AUGCAGGCCUGGGUUGUUGGCUGUAGACUUUCCACUUCCCCUCAUCAGCAGCAACAGCAACUACAGCUUCAGGCAGUGCCUGCUGGUGUGGGGUCAGCCCUCCGGGGCACCAGGAACAUCUCCAGGUCACAGGGUUCUGAUAGUGUUAUUGAGACAACUACAUGCCAGUCACAGGGUUCUGAUUGUGUUAUUGAGACAACUAUAUGCCAGUCACAGGGUUCUGAUUGUGUAAUUGAGACAACUAUAUGCCAGUCACAGGGUUCUGAUUGUGUUAUUGAGACAACUAUAUGCCAGUCACAGGGUUCUGAUAGUGUAAUUCAGACAACUAUAUGCCAGUCACAGGGUUCUGAUAGUGUAAUUGAGACAACUACAUGCCAGUCACAGGGUUCUGAUUGUGUUAUUGAGACAACUAUAUGCCAGUCACAGGGUUCUGAUAGUGUAAUUCAGACAACUACAUGCCAGUCACAGGGUUCUGAUUGUGUUAUUGAGACAACUAUAUGCCAGUCACAGGGUUCUGAUAGUGUAAUUCAGACAACUAUAUGCCAGUCACAGGGUUCUGAUAGUGUAAUUCAGACAACUAUAUGCCAGUCACAGGGUUCUGAUUGUGUAAUUGAGACAACUAUAUGCCAGUUACAGGGUUCUGAUAGUGUAAUUGAGACAACUAUAUGCCAGUCACAGGGUUCUAAUAGUGUAAUUCAGACAACUAUAUGCCAGUCACAGAGUUCUGAUAGUGUAAUUGAGCCAACUACAUGCCAGUCACAGGGUUCUGAUAGUGUAAUUCAGACAACUAUAUGCCAGUCACAGGGUUCUGACAGUGUAAUUCAGACAACUAUAUGCCAGUCACAGGGUUCUGAUAGUGUAAUUCAGACAACUAUAUGCCAGUCACAGGGUUCUGAUAGUGUAAUUGAGACAACUAUAUGCCAGUCACAGGGUUCUGAUAGUGUAAUUCAGACAACUAUAUGCCAGUCACAGGGUUCUGAUAGUGUAAUUCAGACAACUAUAUGCCAGUCACAGGGUUCUGAUUGUGUAAUUCAGACAACUAUAUGCCAGUCACAGGGUUCUGAUAGUGUAAUUGAGACAACUAUAUGCCAGUCACAGGGUUCUGAUAGUGUAAUUCAGACAACUAUAUGCCAGUCACAGGGUUCUGAUAGUGUAAUUCAGACAACUAUAUGCCAGUCACAGGGUUCUGAUAGUGUAAUUCAGACAACUAUAUGCCAGUCACAGGGUUCUGAUAGUGUAAUUCAGACAACUAUAUGCCAGUCACAGGGUUCUGAUAGUGUAAUUCAGACAACUAUAUGCCAGUCACAGAGUUCUGAUAGUGUAAUUGAGCCAACUACAUGCCAGUCACAGGGUUCUGAUAGUGUAAUUCAGACAACUAUAUGCCAGUCACAGGGUUCUGACAGUGUAAUUCAGACAACUAUAUGCCAGUCACAGGGUUCUGAUAGUGUAAUUCAGACAACUAUAUGCCAGUCACAGAGUUCUGAUAGUGUAAUUGAGACAACUAUAUGCCAGUCACAGGGUUCUGAUAGUGUAAUUCAGACAACUAUAUGCCAGUCACAGGGUUCUGAUAGUGUAAUUCAGACAACUAUAUGCCAGUCACAGGGUUCUGAUUGUGUAAUUCAGACAACUAUAUGCCAGUCACAGGGUUCUGAUAGUGUAAUUGAGACAACUAUAUGCCAGUCACAGGGUUCUGAUAGUGUAAUUCAGACAACUAUAUGCCAGUCACAGGGUUCUGAUAGUGUAAUUCAGACAACUAUAUGCCAGUCACAGGGUUCUGAUAGUGUAAUUCAGACAACUAUAUGCCAGUCACAGGGUUCUGAUAGUGUAAUUGAGACAACUACAUGCCAGUCACAGGGUUCUGAUAGUGUAAUUGAGACAACUAUAUGCCAGUCACAGGGUUCUGAUAGUGUAAUUGAGACAACUAUAUGCCAGUCACAGGGUUCUGAUAGUGUAAUUGAGCCAACUAUAUGCCAGUCACAGGGUUCUGAUAGUGUAAUUCAGACAACUAUAUGCCAGUCACAGGGUUCUGAUAGUGUAAUUCAGACAACUAUAUGCCAGUCACAGAGUUCUGAUAGUGUAAUUGAGACAACUAUAUGCCAGUCACAGGGUUCUGAUAGUGUAAUUCAGACAACUAUAUGCCAGUCACAGGGUUCUGAUAGUGUAAUUCAGACAACUAUAUGCCAGUCACAGGGUUCUGAUUGUGUAAUUCAGACAACUAUAUGCCAGUCACAGGGUUCUGAUAGUGUAAUUCAGACAACUAUAUGCCAGUCACAGGGUUCUGAUAGUGUAAUUCAGACAACUAUAUGCCAGUCACAGGGUUCUGAUAGUGUAAUUCAGACAACUAUAUGCCAGUCACAGGGUUCUGAUAGUGUAAUUCAGACAACUAUAUGCCAGUCACAGGGUUCUGAUAGUGUAAUUCAGACAACUAUAUGCCAGUCACAGGGUUCUGAUAGUGUUAUUGAGACAACUACAUGCCAGUCACAGGGUUCUGAUUGUGUAAUUCAGACAACUAUAUGCCAGUCACAGGGUUCUGAUAGUGUAAUUGAGCCAACUAUAUGCCAGUCACAGGGUUCUGAUAGUGUAAUUCAGACAACUAUAUGCCAGUCACAGGGUUCUGAUAGUGUAAUUCAGACAACUAUAUGCCAGUCACAGGGUUCUGAUAGUGUAAUUCAGACAACUAUAUGCCAGUCACAGGGUUCUGAUUGUGUAAUUCAGACAACUAUAUGCCAGUCACAGGGUUCUGAUAGUGUAAUUCAGACAACUAUAUGCCAGUCACAGGGUUCUGAUAGUGUAAUUCAGACAACUAUAUGCCAGUCACAGGGUUCUGAUAGUGUAAUUCAGACAACUAUAUGCCAGUCACAGGGUUCUGAUAGUGUAAUUCAGACAACUAUAUGCCAGUCACAGGGUUCUGAUAGUGUAAUUCAGACAACUAUAUGCCAGUCACAGGGUUCUGAUAGUGUUAUUGAGACAACUACAUGCCAGUCACAGGGUUCUGAUUGUGUAAUUCAGACAACUAUAUGCCAGUCACAGGGUUCUGAUAGUGUAAUUGAGCCAACUAUAUGCCAGUCACAGGGUUCUGAUAGUGUAAUUCAGACAACUAUAUGCCAGUCACAGGGUUCUGAUAGUGUAAUUCAGACAACUAUAUGCCAGUCACAGGGUUCUGAUAGUGUAAUUGAGACAACUACAUGCCAGUCACAGGGUUCUGAUAGUGUAAUUGAGACAACUAUAUGCCAGUCACAGGGUUCUGAUAGUGUAAUUGAGACAACUAUAUGCCAGUCACAGGGUUCUGAUAGUGUAAUUGAGCCAACUAUAUGCCAGUCACAGGGUUCUGAUAGUGUAAUUGAGACAACUAUAUGCCAGUCACAGGGUUCUGAUAGUGUAAUUCAGACAACUAUAUGCCAGUCACAGAGUUCUGAUAGUGUAAUUGAGACAACUAUAUGCCAGUCACAGGGUUCUGAUAGUGUAAUUCAGACAACUAUAUGCCAGUCACAGGGUUCUGAUAGUGUAAUUCAGACAACUAUAUGCCAGUCACAGGGUUCUGAUUGUGUAAUUCAGACAACUAUAUGCCAGUCACAGGGUUCUGAUAGUGUAAUUCAGACAACUAUAUGCCAGUCACAGGGUUCUGAUAGUGUAAUUCAGACAACUAUAUGCCAGUCACAGGGUUCUGAUAGUGUAAUUCAGACAACUAUAUGCCAGUCACAGGGUUCUGAUAGUGUAAUUCAGACAACUAUAUGCCAGUCACAGGGUUCUGAUAGUGUAAUUCAGACAACUAUAUGCCAGUCACAGGGUUCUGAUAGUGUUAUUGAGACAACUACAUGCCAGUCACAGGGUUCUGAUUGUGUAAUUCAGACAACUAUAUGCCAGUCACAGGGUUCUGAUAGUGUAAUUGAGCCAACUAUAUGCCAGUCACAGGGUUCUGAUAGUGUAAUUCAGACAACUAUAUGCCAGUCACAGGGUUCUGAUAGUGUAAUUCAGACAACUAUAUGCCAGUCACAGGGUUCUGAUAGUGUAAUUGAGACAACUACAUGCCAGUCACAGGGUUCUGAUAGUGUAAUUCAGACAACUAUAUGCCAGUCACAGGGUUCUGAUAGUGUAAUUGAGACAACUAUAUGCCAGUCACAGGGUUCUGAUAGUGUAAUUGAGCCAACUAUAUGCCAGUCACAGGGUUCUGAUAGUGUAAUUGAGACAACUAUAUGCCAGUCACAGGGUUCUGAUAGUGUUAUUGAGCCAACUAAACAUGCUAAAUGUUACUCACAGGGUUGUGAUUGUGUAAGUGUACAUCAGCCAUACGGCCUGUAUGAUGACGGAACAAGCAUACCCUACUUCAACCCUCGUCCUAACAAUCUCACCUACUACAGGGGCGACACAGCCAUCCUGCAGUGUUCUAUACAACAUCUAGGUACAAAAACGGUAAUAUGGAGAAGGGCAUCGGAUCCAAACCCUGUGACAAUAGGGGAACAAGUUUAUGUUGGAAAUCCACGAUAUUCCCUCCAACAACUUAAAGAAAAAGGGGAAUGGAACCUGAUCAUAAAGAAUGUGGUGCCGGAAGAUUCCGGGGUGUAUGAGUGCCAGGUGAGCAGCAGGAAGAAGAUUAUCUGGCACAUCCUCCUGCGAGUAAACGCUUCGACCAAUCCACAGAGGGUAAACUCUGAGUACUUCAAGAAUGGUAGAGAUAAGCCUCAGUCUACAGUGCCAGCUAUUUUUGUGUCAGGAACAACAUUUGUUGAAAAAGGUGACCCUAUUCAUAUUGUGUGCAAUGCAACUGGGUCUGUGAACCCUCCACAGGAUUUAGACUGGUUUAAAGAUGGCAUCAAAAUAACACCAGAUGCACAUCAGAAGAUUACAAUAGAAAAAUUCCAGUCACUUCCAACCAAGACUAUAGUGAGUGUCCUCCAGUUGAAGCACAGCAAUAUGAACGAUGCUGGCACCUAUGUUUGCCGAAGCAGUAACCUGGACAUCACAAGCAUAAAAGUCCAUGUUCUUAAUGCUGGAUCAUUGAAUGUAAAACGGACCUCUACAGAAGAUGAAGAUAAAAGCAGUGGACAAACCAGUGUUGUGUGUUUCAGAACGCUUCAUUUCACGGCUACACUUUUAGUUUUAACAGUGAUCAAUAUCAUCCAUUAGCGCCUCAGAAUCAGGCCGUUCUCAUCACCUCCCUCCGAAAACCAAGAAUCAAACGGAGAGAAACUCCCAUCAUGCAAUACACUGUUAUUCAAGAAGGCAGCAAUUUUUUAAUAGAUGAGUUAUCUCCCUUCAUUACAAGAAAUGUAUUUUAUUACGAUGCUUUAAACUGUUUCGUAUUCUGUAGAAACAAAGAACAUGGCAGUUUCUUUGACAAGAUAAAAAUGUUAGCUAUCCAACUAUCUUCAGAUUGAAUUUAUAUCAAGACAUCCCCUCAAGGAACAGUUUGAAUUCGAUUGUCUGCAAUUUGUUCACAACUUGGGACUUUAUUUUCUCGAUAAUGUGUCUGUUCUUUUAACACAAAUGCUAUCAUAAUUUGGGGAAAGGACAUUGUUCAUUCCUGAAGAACCACACCUAUUGACACAUAAAAUUGUCAAGCUCCAUAACCAGAGUUGACAAGCCCAAAUUUGGGCAAAAAGGGAUAUGAUGUUAAUUGACAUCUAAAAAGAAGUAAUUUUAAAAAAGGAUUUCUCAUCAUCACCAUUUCUGACAAUAUGUUUUUUUAAGAAAAUGAAUAUUUUACAUUAUUUUCUUAUUAUCCAAACACUAAAUUAAUAAAUCUUCCCAUCGAGGCCACAAGAGAUUAUCAACUGCCUGUCCCUGACUUGGCAUGUACUUCACAUUUCUUGGGGGCACGGGUGGCCCAGUCAUCUUAGGCGCCGCGAUUCGCUGUGCAGAGUUGCGUCCCUU